CCACCUCUCGCGAGAUCUCGCGUCCGAAGGAUGGUGUUGUGUUAGAGGGAGUGGGAGAGGAGGGUGAGGGGUACCCACAAAGAUGUUGCGUGAUUUUUUGGAAAUUUAUUUAUUUAAAUAAAAAUGGCCGCCGCAGAGAGCGGAGAGGAGAGACUAGGUGAGGACAAGAAUGAAGACCAGGAGGGCUCAAAAGACAAGACGCAGAAGCAGAAGAAAAACAAAAGGGAACGGCAAGAUGUGGAAAAACUCGAGGCCACAGUGUCCGUUCCUCCUCCCCCGCCCCUCCUUACGCAGGGGGAUGUUGGACAACAGACGGAGGCAGGGAAGUCUGAACCCGUUGACCCUGAAGUUGGAGCUGCUCUCAGCGCUCCAGAAUCUUCCGCAUCGGCCAAGCAGCGGCGUUCCAUCAUUCGGGACAGAGGCCCACUGUAUGACGACCCUUCACUGCCUCAAGGUUGGACGCGCAAGCUGAAACAGCGCAAGUCGGGGCGAUCCGCUGGAAAAUUUGAUGUCUACCUGAUCAACCCAGAAGGGAAAGCCUUCCGUUCCAAAGUGGAGCUCAUGGCGUACUUCCAAAAGGUGGGCGAUACCACCACGGAUCCCAAUGACUUUGACUUCACAGUCACGGGCCGCGGGAGCCCCUCUCGCAGAGAAAAGAGACCGCCAAAGAAGCCUAAAGUGGUCAAACCUUCCGGUCGCGGGAGGGGGCGGCCAAAAGGCAGCGGCAAGGUACGGCAGGCCACGGAAGGGGUGGCUGUAAAGCGUGUCAUAGAAAAGAGUCCAGGAAAACUCCUAGUAAAGAUGCCCUUUGUGGCCCCCAAAACUGAACCAGGGGCUCCAGUGGGGCAAGCGGCAGUUGCCAAAGUGCGCCGAGGCCGCAAGCGGAAAUCGGAACAGGAACCGCCAAGCACGCCCAAAAAACGUGGCCGCAAGCCAGCAGCUGCUUCGCAGUCGGCGGUGGGGACGGGCUCAGCCGCCGCGUACGCCGCCGCAGCCAUCCUCACCGCCGAGGCCAAGAAAAAAGCUCAGAAGGAGUCUUCCGUAAAGCCUGUUCAGGAGAGGGCACUUCCCAUCAAGAAACGCAAAACUCGAGAGACUUUAGAGGAGUUGGAAGGAUCCACCGCCGCUUCCACGACGGAGACGUUCACACCGGUGAUAGCAAAACGACUGACUGCAUCAACUGUGACCCCUACAGGGGAGGAGGUAGAAACGGGACAGAAGUCUCACAAGCAUCCCGGCCGGAAGCACAAAGAGGCGUCCACGGAUCCAGGGAACGGCAGCAGCAGCAGUGGGACGGCAACCAGCGGCAGUGGACCGAAGAGUCACAAGAAGAGAGAUCAGCGAGGGCAGCACUUUAAACACCACCACCAUCAUCACCACCACCAACACCACCAUCUGCAGGGCAUGCCACCCUCCACCUACACUCCGCAGGCUCACCAGCUCUCCCUGGGUCACUCCACGCAAGGGGGGCCGCCUGCGACCACGGAAAACGAACCCCAGGACUUGAGCACCUCCAGGCCCAAAGCAGAGCAUGUGGCCUGCAGGGAGGAAGCCAGAACUGAUAGCUCCUCAAGCAGGGACGCUCAGAACGCAAGCAAGAUGGCCUCCUCUGACCUGAGAGGGCAGCAGGCGACUGUGACGGGGGAUGGCAAGGAGCUGAGAGACAUUGUUCCUCCCUCCGCCGUUCCGAGGCCGAGCCGAGAGGAAACGGUUGAGUCCCGGACACCAGUGAGCGAGCCAGUGAGCUGACUGACUAAGUGACUGAUCGGCAGCGGCUUUGCGUGCGAAGAGUUGGAGGCGGUUGCGGCGAGACGAGUGAUUUUUCGUUCUUUUUUACUGAGGAAAAAAAGAAAAAGGAAACAAAAAUAUACAAAAAUGUAAACGUACUUAAACAAAAGGCAGCUGUUGUGUCUCGUUCUCUCUGUGGGUUGGACGCGGGGCGAUAAUUCUCUUUGCUUCCGGAUGAAUUCUCUGCUAGACUUUUUCUUUAUGGUUUCCUUUUAUUUCCCACUAUAUCUUUGUAUUAGUAUAUCUUAGCACUCACCUAAACCAGUUAUUCCUCUGUCAGAGCUUGUAGGAAGUAGAAACACACUCAAGUGGUAAUGGAUGCACAAGUCACACGCCAUAGUUGUCGUAAAGUGAAACUUUCCGAUCAAACAUGCUCUCGAAAGUACUAAAAUGCCUCAUAGUCAUGUCAUCUCAACCCUAGCAAAAAGGUGUCCUAUCAGUGUGUUCUUCCUUUUGUGUCUAAAACGAAUGGGCAAAUCCGACGGCAAGCUGAAGAAAAAAGGGCCACAUUUCCGAUCUCCACCUUUUCCAUUUGAGUCGGACGCAGCUGUUGCAGCAUCCUCACCUUUGAAAUAAGACGCUAGCUUAACUCCGACAGAAAAGAACUUCCUAGUUGUGGGUUCGUGCCAAGCUGACAUUUCCAGCCUGUUGGCCUGUGAAGAUCAAUUGAAUUUGGAAACAGUAUUUACUUUGAGUUGUUGGUAUUUUAAGCGCACAUGUCUAUUAACUAUCAGUAGUUCGGUUAACCUAAUCACCUGUUUUGGCGGUGCCUGAGAAAAUGCGACUAGAGCGGAAGCUCUAUUUUUCAUUUUCUCCGGUGGGGAAGAUAAAGCACAAAUGUAUUUGUUAGGGAAUAUUGAAAGCACAGUCCAGUGUAGCAUCUGGAGUAGAUGUCAACUCGCGUAAAAGAAUAUGAGAAAAGGAAUUUGUUAUGUUUACCUGCUUUUUUUCCAUGAAGUACAAUUUAAAGAGUGGCCUCGUGUUCUUGCGACACAAAUCCCUAACAAAAAAAAAAAAAAAAAAAAAAAGCAUACCGUUUGAAAUGAUGUAGCUUUUGGUUUUAUUGUGUGUGUGGUUAUAGACUAAUCCCAUAGAGCUGCUGUUCUAAAAUCGAUUCUGACGAGAAAGUUAAUAGAUGGCUAUAUUUAUAUAAUGUCUUGUCAGGCUGUAGCUGUGUCAAAUGCAUGGGUUGCUGAUGUUUGCGUGCUUUGCGUGCUAUUUAUUACAGUACUCCGACAUUGUCUUUCUUGUACAUAAAGCCAGGUUCAGCACUAACGAUGAGGGUCAAAUGUUAUAGAUACGUGAAUAUUUUGAAUUAUGAGUAUUAUAAAACAUUACUUGGCAACAAAUGAAAGAAAAACUUGCAUACAUUGUACAAGACCAUGCAAUCAUGAAUAGUUCUAUUAGUUUUCUAAAGCCUUCUUUUUCAAAAUGAGAGAGAACAUUUGCAAUCAGAAAGAAGGACACCAAAUCACGGCUCCGUGCAUGAAGUUGUUCGAGAUUGGACAUACUAAAGAUGUCUUGGUAAUUAAUUUGAUUGUACCUUUGGGAUGAAACGUAAUCCUAAGGAAAUUAUGAACCAAAACUGAGGAAGUUCUUCUUUGUUGAUUAUGUAAAAUUGAUUAGGAUUUUACAGAAACUUUACAGCACUUUUUCUGUUUCAUUUUUGUUUCUUCUUCUAGAUGAAUUGCACCUUACUUUUAAAACACCUUCACAGAAUCGAAUAUUGGAAUUGUGAGAAGCCUACCAAUUUAUUUGCAUAUAUUUUUCUGGUUAGCCUUGCACAGACUUCUGUUUCAUGUCCGGAGGUUGUAACUUUCUUCAGAUGUGUGUUAGAAUAGAAUGCAUGUUCAAUGUCGUUAUAAAGAGCCAUUCUUCUUUUUCUGUAAAAAUACCCCAUAUUUACCAAAUUAUCAUGCAUAAAGGCUACAUUUCACUAAUAAUAGUGUUGGGUCAGAGUCGAGUCAAAGUCCUUAGUCAGUUGAGUUGACUAAGGAAACCGUUUUAAUGUCUUGUCAUCUUAAUUUUAUGUUGUUACUUAUUUUUUUAUCUAUCAUGUUACACAUGAUGUGGAUUCGACUGUACUCAAGUAAAGAAGGUCUGAAAUGUCAUAAUCCGUGUCAAGUUCCACCCGAGUGCAUCCAAGUCUGAGUUAAUUCAUAAUUGCAGUCCGAGUCCAAGUACAACAUCUCUAACUUAAAGUAUUUGAGAUCAUAUAUUUAUGGCCAGUAAUGAGAUGACAAAGGCAGUUAGUAAAUGUCCUGAUGUUUGACAGUUACAUGCAACUCUGUGUGAUGGUCUAAUCUAAUAGAAAUAAAUCAAAUAUAUAUAUAUAUAUAUAUAUAUAAAACAUUAAAUCCAAAUCAAACAAACCAUACAAUUUCAAUGAUUAUGUUUAAAAGCAAUUAUUACAGACCUCUGGGUCUGAUGUUAUCACAGAUUAUAAAUUUUGUAUUUGACAGCAAUUGCUGUUUUGAGUGAGAGGAGUUGCUCUUUUUUCUAUUAUUUGCUAUUAUUAGUAUUGUGUUCAGUUUUGUUUGUGUAUGAAAUCUUAUACAUUCACAGUUAUUGUGGCUUGGGUGAUGGAUGUGCAUUGUCACUGACAUAAAUGCUGAAAAAUGUACAUCUAAACCUUAAUCAGAGUCAUAACACUCAGCACUUCUGGUAGUCUGGUAGUUCAUCUAGAGUAGGGUGUCGUUUUUGAUACUUGUUGUCAUUUAGGGGUUCAGUUGCAUGCGAGAGAGAACUUACCGGUCCUUUUUUUCCAAGUGUGUUUCAGAGUAGACUCGUUAUCUGGAAUCUUCAUUUUUUUCUUUUUCUUUUUUUUUUGUCGCUAAAUGUGUAGAUUAAAUUACGAUUGACAAUCAUGAGGAGCAUUGCAUAUUUAUUUUCCCCCUCAAGUCUUAAGAUUGAAAGCGUCUCCAUUCUCUUCCUCCAGCCUCCCGCUCCCUCGACCCUCACGGGGAAGAGGCACAGAGAAUAAAAGAGCGUUUCCGCUCCGAACAAGGGCUAUGUAAUCAUUUCAAGUAGUCAAAAGCAGAUGAAGGAAAUGGAUUUUUAAGACGGAGGAACGCACGGUCUGGUCCUCGCUGCAAAGGCAAACACCACCGGCUCACCCCCUGUCCUCGGCAGAGUUUGAGCGCUCACAUAACCGGCGGCUGACGUUGUGACCUGUCUGCGGUGAACGUCUCCCUGGUCUGACUAAACCUGGGCGGGAGAUUCGGAGGUAGACGAAUGGAUUCCUCGGCAAGCACAUUUCUCAGUUACAGGUUCAGAACAGUAGCGAAGGAACGAAACCUCCAGACAUGAAUUGAAGUUACGACUCAACUCUCGACUCACAAGCUGCAUCGGUCUGGCUGAAACAGAAAGGGUAGUGCCUUUAUUUUGGGAGAUUUACUAAGGUGGUAGAAGUGACCUUUGAUUCUAAAGAAACACCUUUAUCCCACUGAAGCAACGUGGAGGGUGAAUUUACUCAAAUGCUUGGAUUUUAUUUGGUCAUUUUUCAUAGGUAGAACGUGCACUGGUGUGUGUGUUGUAACUGGGGUUUCAUUGUUGUUCAUUUUUCUUUUUUUCCAUCGGUUGGGCGUUUGUGUCCACCUAGAAAUGAUGUAUUGUUAAGAACCCUCUGCUUUAUGAACUUCUUGCCUUUUGUAGCGCUCAAAGCCCACUGACAAAAAUGGAGCCCUACAAAUGGGUAAAGACCGAAUAAGAAGAUUACUUUUAUUAUUUAUAUAUGUUGGUUUGUUUUAUUUCCUUGUUUGUUUGGGUUGUUUGUGCCUCUGGCAGUGAAAUAUGCUUUGGAAUGUCCUUGUGUCCCUGUAGCCAAAAAUACAUGCUAUGUACGUGAACAUGUAUCAAUAUGCAUGAUUGCCAUUAGAAGAUAGGACAUUGCUUGCCCUUUACUAUUAUAUAUAAGAUGUUUUCAAACAGCACUCCAAGAGCUGAGCCCAACCACACCAACCGAAUCCGAAGGGUUUCAUGAGGUAUAAAAUACUGAAUGUGUUCUGUUUAAUGAAGGAUGUGCACUUCGGUCUGUUUAAUAUGAACAGAUUUCUUUCAUUGAAGUAUUUUUUGAUUUAACUGAUGGUAGCUGGAGUUUGGGCUUCAAACGCCACUCCUUGUAGUGGCUUGAGUAAUUUUGUAGAUUUCUGUGUUAGAUUUAUUUUUAUUAGUAGUAUUUUCCUUUUUCUUUUUUUCCAAUUAUAAAUCCAACUUUGGAAAUUUUAUCUUCAUAGCAAUAGUACGAUAGUAUACCCAGCAGAUUGGAUAUGAGUUUUCUCCUUUAGUACGUCUCUGAUUUGUGUAACAGUAGGACUGAAGUAAAAGAAAUGUACCCUUACGACUAAAAUGCAGCACUCUGAAUCGUGCAAGGAGGACGAUUUCAAGUCAAAUGAAACAGAAGUUAAACUAUAAGAAAUAGAUUCCAGUUCCACCGUGGUAGAAAGUUCAUGGUCUAUUUAACAUAGUCUUGUGCCUUGAAGUUUCAGUAAUAGAAUUUAUCUUUAUACUGUAGUUGUAUUUUUAUUCCGAGUCCUGUGUUUGCCUCUUGUUGGUAUUCAGUGCUUUGGAUGUAUUAAGGAUUUAUAGAGAUCAAGAAUAUGUUUGCCUUGCUUUAUUUUCUUAAUUGAGAAAAAAAAAGGAUAACAUUAGGGAGAUGUACUUGGGCAAUAUUGACGAUGUAAAAAGCUAUAGGAUUUUGAUGUUUUUUCAUCCCUGAUAUGUUGAAUGUUUCACAGAUUAUUAAGUAACGUGUGUUUGUUGGGAAAUAUUCUCCAUUUUAACAUGACCAUGAAAAAAAAAAAACUUGGCCUCAAACAUAAUCUUCCAAUCACAUUACAUUUUAUGACAAAAAAACUUCAACCUUGACCGGAAGGACAACGAGUCUGAGAUCUGCACUUUAUAAAGUAUGUUUCCCGGCAGGACACCCAUUAACUUUUUGUAUGUAUUUUUUACCUUUGUCCAAAGCUGUUUUGUUUUCAUAUUAUUUUUUAAUUUAGUUUUAAAUAAAAGGGAUGGGUAGUAUGUAUCUAAAAAAAAAAAUGUUAUUUUAACCAAACAAUCCUACAGACUAGGUGUCAGUGGUUAUUCACCAUCUGCCAAGCUAAGUCCUUGCCUUCCUGAAAGUGAAAAGUAUAGUUUGUGUCUACUUUUAUAGUACUGUGUUACUGUAUCAUUUGUUUGCCGUAUGUAACAGAUACACAAUAGUAAACAACAUUUACCUGC